CAGGGAAGUGAGUGCUGUGUCAGUGUCAUGAUGAGCCAUUUUUAAUUGUAGCAUCAGCACAAUACAUUUUAAAAGAUUAAACAUUGACGUUAAACAACCAACAAAACUGUUUAGUUAGCCACAUUAUAGCAAGCUGACUGGCUAGCAACGUGGUAACACUAGCAAAAAUGCGGCCACAAAGACAACAGAUCAACAACAAUACAGCCAUUAUAGGAAGGUGUCUUUCUCCCACGCUGGACGUCCGAUGGUCUAAAGACUUUACAAACGGGAUAAACAUGGACACCAUGAAAAUGAAUCCACCAAGACAAGACAGCAGGCCUAAUGCACACAGUGGCCGUGGCAGGCCCUGUUCCCCUGUGCCAGCAUUUGUCAGUGAGUUUAUGGGCCCUGAGCAUCCCCUCCUACCCCCAGCUGCUGCUCUACCCAGUGGGCUGACUGGGGACCUGGGGCCACAGCCACACACAGAGUGAAGCCUAGGAGAGCAACCCACAGUGCAGGGGCCAUCUACUCCCACAGUACCUCACCCCUCACCCUGCCAACUGGUGAGUGGCCGCCCUCAGGAUCCUCCCGCUCUCUUCAGCAGUGCCAGCCCCCCUGCUUUUUUUCAUGGAUCAAAGGCAGUCUAAUGGAACAUUCUGCUCUGCUCAUUCUGCUCUCUCAAGUUAAACAUUUCUGGACAUGAAAAUCCUGAUUAUUAUGAAAAAUUAUUAUUAUUUUAUUUUCUGAACAAAUGUGUCUUUGUAACAGGACCAGGUGAUGCCAUAACAUUGAGUGAGAAUUCUCCCUCUGGUUUUCCAAUUGCCUUUCGUUCCUGUGAUGAUUGUGCUUUGAGUCCUUAGCGAAUAGAUUUGGACAGGUAGACUUAAACACUCAUGGCUUUGUUUGUUCAGUGGUCUAUGUAGAGUUUCUCAGUACACUGUCAUGCAAUAGAAUGCUACAUUUGCAAUUGCUUGGAUUAACCAGUAGGGUGCAGCAAAGUCCCUCAUAAAGAUUAUCCUGCACUAUGACAAAUGCAUGUCAACAUUGCAGGCAUAAAAGAAACACCUGAAACUAGAUCCUCUACAUACUGGUCUUGAUGAGAAGAAGAAAAACUGUCGGGGGGAAGUUCUCUUCUGUACUAUUCAAGCAAUCCAGUAAAUUUGGAGGAGUGUGGCUGGGCACGUUCAGCAGGAUUGAACGUUUUAGAACAUUCAGAUAGAAAUAGGCUAUGUACAUCAAACUUGCAUCUCUGAUAUGUAGAAUAAGGAAUCACAUCAGCUCUAUUCACGGCAUUUCUAUCUGCAACGUUCGAGAACGUUUGGCAACUGAACAAGUCCUGUCACAGGCUCUCUUUCCAAUUCCCCUGAAAACCGGAUCAUCCGUUUGUUGGGGACUCGGCAGAGACUAGUCAACAAUAAACCAUAUCCAUAGCCUCAUCCACUUAGAAUAAUGAGAUCUCCUGAACCCUGCGUGCCAGUGUUGGCAGACAGUGUGGUAUCAAGUGGCAUGUACCUUCUUUACUGUGAGCCCUCUCUCCUCUGCAUCAUAACAAGAUAAUACAGGGUCAUCCUCUCACAGAGUGGUGUUGUUGACAAUGCUUUUGUGUUUUGAGUGUCAGGCGUUGUCUGGAGGAGUGUCACCUGCUGGAGGGCAUGGGUAGGCUGCGGCUGCUUAACUUUCAGCACAACCUCAUCACGCACAUCCACAAUCUGUCUCAUCUGCGGCACCUGGCCUUCCUAGACCUGUAUGACAACCACAUCUCCCAGAUGUCUGGCAUCUCAGCCCUGGCCUCUCUCAGAGUGCUUAUGCUGGGCAAGAACAGAAUCCAGAGGAUAUGCAGUCUGGAUAACCUGACUAAAAUAGAUAUUCUGGACUUGCAUGGCAAUCAGAUCUCCCAGAUAGGGAACCUCUCCCACCUGUCUGAGCUGCGUGUGUUGAACUUGGCAGGGAACUGCAUCUCCAGGGUGGACAACCUGCAGGGCCUGGACUCACUGACCGAGAUCAACCUGAGACGCAACUGCAUCUCCACUGUGACAGAGGUAGACCAGCUGCCCUGCCUCCAGCGCCUCUUUCUCAGCUGCAACAGCAUCACCAGUUUUUAUGAGCUAGCCUGCCUGGGAGAGUCGUGCUCCCUUUCUGAGCUCACCCUGGAUGGGAACCCAGUAGCCCUGGAGACAUGGUACAAGCAGGCCGCCCUGCGCUGUGUGCUUCAACUCAGACAGCUGGACAUGAAACGUGUCACGGAGGAGGAGAGACGUAUGGCCUGCGUCACGGCCCGGAAGGAGGAUGAGAAGAAGAGGGAGAGUCACAAGCAGGCCAUGCACAAGAGUCCUGCUCAUGUUGUGCCUCAGCAGUUCUACACUCAACUUGGACUCAAGUCUCAGGACUCCUCAGUGACAAGCAAGGAGAAGCGGCGUCUGGCCAUCCGUAAUGCAGCACUGCAGUGGGAGGGGGUCAGGGCCUGCCUGGAGCACCCGGCUCAGAACGGAGCCAAGGAGGAAGUCAGCCCUGAAGCAAGCCCUGCCCACAGUCCCGCCCAGACCAAUGGCCUUGCACUGGAACCUUCUCCGGAUGAGCAGCUCAGACGGGUGAGUCCGGUGUCGGCUAUGGACAGGCCAACAGGGGGCAGUGAGACCCGGAUACGCUCCACCAGUCGCCCCAACAGUCCUCGAGACCCCAAGCUCCUUGAGGCAGGGGGUGCCAGCCUGCAGAGCCUCUCCCUGUCAGACAGCCACCUGGCGGAGCUGGAUGGGGAAACCCUGCGCCUGUUCGGCCUCGGGGCCCUGGAGGCCCUGGAGAGAGGCUGGGGGGUCCAGACUGCAGGGGCCGUCACUGUCAUAGCCUUCCGCUACAUCCACUUUGAUGCGAUCGUGCCAACACUGCCACGCAUAAGGGUCAAGUUCCCCAACCUAUCUCACCUGAUUUUCCUGGAGACCAACGUCAGCCGUCUUCCCCAGCUGGCUGCUCUGGCCCAGGUGAGACGUCUGGACCAGCUGACCAUCCACCCAAAGGGGAACCCUGUAGUCAGCCUUUCCCUGUGGAGAUCCUUCCUCAUCUACCGCCUGCACCACUUCAACCUGCACAAGAUCAACAACCUGGAGGUGACCAUGAAUGACGUGAUCUCUGCAGAGCGUCUGUUUGGGACGCUGGGUCAUAUUGCUGCCACCGAGACACCACGCUGCCGCCUGCUAGUACUACUGGAGGAGUCCAGGAAGCGUCAGCUGCAGUUUCUGUUGGAGGGGCGUGGGCGCCGCGCAGGCUUGAGCCCAGAGGAGCUGCGUGACAACGGCAAGCUGCUGGGAGAGGGCCUGAGCAGAGCCCUGUUCAACUACCCCAGUAGAGACUGCUGCAGUGUGGGAGCGGAGAGCCCAGAGGAGGGUGCUAUGGAGUCGUCAUCGGAGCGCCGCGCUGUGAUGGAGCAGUACAUACAGGCUCAGGUCCAGAGGACAUCUGACACCAACCUGAAGGGGGAGUCCCUCCACAAACUGUGGCCCUCCAUGUUCAUGGAGAUGGUGAGAGACUAUGUGCUGGAGAUGAGGGACCGACCAACCUUCCGUCAGGCCUGCCUCAACAGGCUCUCCACACAGGGAAAGUGAGAGGGUGAGGGGUAUAGACCUGGUAAAACUCCAUAAGACCCACAGUACAGCAAACCGGACACAUACUGGAAACAGGUACAGCAUACUGGACACAUACUAGAAACAGUUACAGCAUACUGGACACAUACUGGAAACAGCUACAGCAUACUGGAAACAGCUACAGCAUACUGGACACAUACUAGAAACAGGUACAGCAUACUGGACACAUACUAGAAACAGCUACAGCAUACUGGAAACAGCUACAUCAUACUGGACACAUACUAGAAACAGCUACAGCAUACUGGAAACAGCUACAGCAUACUAGAAACAGCUACAGCAUACUGGACACAUACUAGAAACAGUUACAGCAUACUGGAAACAGCUACAGCAUACUGGACACAUACUAGAAACAGCUACAGCAUACUGGACACAUACUAGAAACAGUUACAGCAUACUGGAAACAGCUACAGCAUACUGGACACAUACUAGAAACAGGUACAGCAUACUGGACACAUACUAGAAACAGGUACAGCAUACUGGAAACAGCUACAGCAUACUGGACACAUACUAGAAACAGGUACAGCAUACUGGACACAUACUAGAAACAGUUACAGCAUACUGGAAACAGCUACAGCAUACUGGACACAUACUAGAAACAGGUACAGCAUACUGGACACAUACUAGAAACAGGUACAGCAUACUGGACACAUACUAGAAACAGCUACAGCAUACUGGACACAUACUAGAAACAGGUACAGCAUACUGGACACAUACUAGAAACAGGUACAGCAUACUGGACACAUACUAGAAACAGGUACAGCAUACUGGACACAUACUAGAAACAGCUACAGCAUACUGGACACAUACUGGAAACAGCUACAGCAUACUGGACACAUACUAGAAACAGCUACAGCAUACUGGACACAUACUAGAAACAGCUACAUCAUACUGGACACAUACUAGAAACAGCUACAGCAUACUGGACACAUACUGGAAACAGCUACAGCAUACUGGACACAUACUAGAAACAGGUACAGCAUACUGGACACAUACUAGAAACAGGUACAGCAUAAUGGAAACAGGUACAGCAUACUGGAAGAUGGAUGUGGAUUUUUCUUUUAAAGGCAACUUUGGGGGGGGGGGGUUCUCACCAGCUGGGCCUCAUAAUCUUGAAUGCACAUUAUCAUGGAAAAGACUAUAUUGAUGUUUGUUCUAUACUCUGCUUGCACUUUAAAGCCUUCAUAAAGAUCCUGUUCUGGAGCCUUCAUCUCCAGCUGAAGAUUACAAUGAGUGUGUCUCAUUGAGCCUAGAAUGAUUGUGUCAUGAUAAUCCUCUUCUUAAUGUUACUCUCUCUCUCUGCCUGGCGUGAUGACAAGGGCAGAAAAUACACGUUUUCUUUUCGGACCACUCAUUUUCUGUAUUGUACUUAGAAAUAAAAUAUUCCCUAACACUUAA